GUCCAAGUGGAGAGAGCCAAGUUUAUUAUGAGGACUUUAUGCUCUAGAGACCUCAGGCAAGGCUUCUCAUAGGAGGCUUUUUCAUAAAACUAAGCUCUGCUUGUAGUAAGGAGGCCAGUGCAGAACCAGGAGUGGAACUGAGCACAUCUCCCCAACACUGCAACUGUAUCCACCUUACCUCUCUCUCCCUCUCCUUUUUUCUCUGUUUUUCCCCUCUUUGGUGAGACCUCCAGAACCUUUUCAAUGUAUAAAAUGGAAUAUUCUUAUCUCAAUUCCUCUGCCUACGAGUCCUGUAUGGCUGGAAUGGACACUUCAAGCUUGGCUUCAGCUUAUGCUGAUUUCAGUUCCUGCAGCCAAGCCAGUGGCUUCCAGUAUAACCCAAUAAGGACCACUUUUGGGGCCACCUCUGGCUGUCCGUCCCUUACUCCAGGAUCCUGCAGCCUUGGAACGCUUAGAGACCACCAGAGCAGUCCAUAUGCAGCAGGUAAGGACCUUCAAGAGAAGAUCUCCCCAUCCCUAGCAGGAGAUGUCCCCUUGUAUAGUGGAAUCCUUGAUUGCAUUUGAAAAUGGAAAUGUGUUUAGUAUUUACCAAACGAAAUUUGCUUACACAAAUGAAAGAAUUUAUCACGUUAGGAGCGAUUGCAGGCGAGGUGUAAUUCAGUUACAUAGUUACACUAUCCUAGUCACACCCUGAACCGCCAACAAAAUUAUCUUAAGCUGCCAAAAUGAUAGGCAUAAUUUAUUUACUUUGCGAUGAGACGUAAAGCUUAGCAAAUAAUUAAAUAACCCCAGAGAAGGCUCAUCACAGUCACUGUCCUAAAACACAGGGGUCACACCACAAGCCCCCCUCUAACUGGCAAGCACUUCUCACUUGUCACCUCUCAUUUUUGGGGGGACAUUAAACGAGUUCAUCCAUUUAUUGAGAUAUUUAUUUAUCAAGAUUUGUGAUCUUUUUAUAACAUCAACUCAGUGAUCCAGUGAUUAGCAAAAUAAUACCUAGUGGUAAUAAUAAACAAUGUAUUAUUUUCCAGAUGUAUCUGACUUUGUGAAAUGAUUUGUAAACUUAUUGUGAAAAAUUACACUUUAUUUUUUUUGUAUUUUUUUUUUUUUUUUGCGUAGGUUUCUAUAGAUACAAAGCAAAUGUUUUUUCGUUGCUUUUCAGUAAUUCCAAUGGAAUUCGAAUUCUCUUUUCAGGAUAUGUUCCAUAUUUCAGAGAAUUUGUAUUUUUGAAUUGGUAGUAAAAGCAGACCGGGAUGGAUGGACAUCCGGAGUAUUAAUAUUAUUACACAUUGUGUUUCUUCCUCUCUCUCCCAGUUCCAUACAAGCUGUUCACUGACCAUGGGGGUCUGAAUGAGAAGAGGAAGCAGAGACGGAUCAGGACCACUUUUACCAGCGCUCAGCUGAAGGAGCUGGAGAGGGUGUUCGCCGAGACCCAUUACCCUGACAUUUACACCCGGGAAGAGCUGGCUCUGAAGAUAGACCUGACGGAGGCCAGAGUGCAGGUACUGUCUAUUGAUGGAGCACCUACCUACCUGGGGUGGUAGAAACAACAAGACAGCUAGUGGGAGUUUUACUGUCAUUUACUUAUUGUACUGAUACAUGGACAACAAAAUAAUAUUACAAUAAAUAAAUAUAUAUCUUUAUUUUGCAACAUUAAAAAUAGAUAAGAUGAUGAAGAUAGAUAGAUACAUAUAUAGAUAGAUAGACAGAUACAUAGAUAGAUACAUAGACUGAUGGAUAGAUAGAUAGAUGAUAGAUAGAUAGAUAGAUAGAUAGAUAGAUGGAUAGAUAGAUACAUAGAUAGAUACAUAGACUGAUGGAUAGAUAGAUAGCUAGAUAGAUGAUAGAUAGAUACAUAGAUAGAUAGAUAGAUAGAUAGACUGAUGGAUAGAUAGACUGAUGGAUAGAUAGACAGAUAGAUACAUAGAUACAUAGAUACAUAGAUAGACUGAUUGAUAGAUAGAUAGAUAGAUAGAUAGAUAGAUAGAUAGAUAUUGUUAGUUAUUGUUAAAUGAUGGAAUCCAUGUUCUAUCAUACAGUGAUGGACAGUCUUGGAAUUGCAGAUGUUAAGAAGCUCCAUAGGUUGCAGGCUGGCUGAGCAUCGUGGGCUAUUCAGUCCAUAAACCCCUGCAAUGCCAGCUGUGGUCAUGCUGUAGUACUAUAGCAAGGUGUCUGGAUAGAAUGUUGCAGUAAUUAUUAUAAUUAUUAAUGUUGCAGUAAUGUUCCAUGUUCUAUACUCUGUGAUUCCGGACAUGAAGUUAAUGAUCUCCCCUUGUCUCUCUUUGUAUCUUCCUCCUUCCAUCUCCAUUCAUUCCCACCACUUGUUCCACCUCAUCCACAAUGUCUCAUCUUCUAUGUUAUUAAUAAUCUGGUCCAUCCACUGAUCAUUACCAUCUCCCACAUACUGUCACCCAUUGCAUGUCUCCCACACUUCUCCUUUCCUCCACAUUUCCAUGCCACCUCAUGUCCAGGUCUGGUUCCAGAACCGCAGGGCCAAAUUUAGGAAGCAGGAGAGGGCGGCAGCUGCAGCGGCAGCCGCGGCAAAGAACGGCUCCUCCAGCAAGAAAUCGGACUCCUCCAGAGACGACGAAAGCAAAGAUAACAAGAGUACCGACCCUGACAGCACCGGCGGACCGGGCAGCAACCCCAACCCCACCCCGAGCUGCGGCGGAGGACCCAGUCCCGUGGGGGGCCAAGCCAAUGGGGUUCCACAAGAGCAAGUCAAAGGAGGAGUGCAGGGGGCUGGGGGCCUGUCUUCAGCAUCAGUGGUUGGGGGCACAGGAGGGGCACAAGGCUGGGCCACGGGUCCUGGUGGCACCAUCACCUCCAUCCCUGACUCCUUGGGAGGGCCCUUUGCCAGUGUGUUAUCUUCUCUGCAAAGACCCAACAGCACCAAAGCCACUCUAGUGAAGAGUAUGUUCUGAACUGAGCCCAUUCCCCUGCCCUGUCAUUAUUACUAGACAUGCCCUCUGCCAUGCCAGCUGCUGACCUCUUAUUCUUAGUGACAACUCUCCCAAUUUUAAUGACAUGGGACAGGCAUCACCCUCAGCCACCAGAAGAUAAGGACUUCUCGGAAGUCUUCCACCCAACACCUUAGAAGGUGGAAGUAGGACCUCAUCUGGGAGGGUGGUGGUAUUUCUGGACUUCAGAUGUGGGACUUGUUCACCCAGAGCUGCUCCAGGGGUAGGAGCAAGUGUGUAGCUCCAGUAGAAAGCACCCAAACAAGUGACUGGUACCUGCUAGAUCAAACACUGGUGCAAGAAUCAGAACCAUCCAUACAGACCCUGCCCACCCACUUCUACCACCUACACCUCUUCCUGCCAACUCAGCCAUGGCUUUACCUGGACAGAUUAAUUGACCUUUUCACUUUCCAGUGGACACUGCCAGCCAACCAAGGGGGGGAAGGAUAGAACUCUUCAUAAAAUAAAUAAUAAUUCUCCUCCAGUUAAACCUUUUUAUUUAAUAUUUCUCACAAUGCUACUGUAAACAAAAUCAGAUGGCCAACAGAAAUACUAUAUAUUAGUUCUCUUUAUGAAUUGUUGGGAAGAUGGGGGAGAAAAGAAAAACAAUUUUCUCACUAAUUUGCACUGUGUUGCAGGGUCUAUUUUAUUAUUACACGAUGUAUACAUAUGGUAUGGGUGUAAUAAUGUAUUUAUUACAUUGUUUCAGCAACAUAAACUUUUUUUGUUUUAUUUUCAUUUUUUAAGGCACAAAAAUCUAGAUAUUAGUUGGAUGUUGAAGGUAUGCUCUCCCCUUUGUGUGUCUUUUUACAGCCUUGUUAUGUGACAGUUGUAUAGUGUUAAUAUAAGUACACUUGUCUAUUAAAUAGUUAAAAGUAAAUAAUGUUCAACCCUUAGUCUAUGCCCUGUCUCCAUGGAAAAAAAGGUAAGGAUCUUACGGGUUCUGUUCAUUGUUUGUUCGUUACUCUAUUUUAUUUUUUGUUUGUAUGUUUGUUUUUGUUUAGAGAGAGUGGAAUUCACUAUAUAUUUUUGUUACAAUUUGCAUGGGGACCCAUCGCUUUCGGUUGGAACACCCUGUGGGCUUAGUCACAAGUAUUCAUUCUGUUCAGGAUCCCCCCCCCUUUCCCCAAUUAUUUAUAUGUUGUUAUUAUGAAUGCUUCUAUUUAAAAGGGAUCAAUUUCUACAUGUGCGUUUCGUUUUCCAAGAGUGUGC